AUGACUGAAAUAAAUGCUCGUGUCCACUAUCUCGGAACAAAUCCUUCAGAAGAUUUUCCCGUAACAUUGAUCAUUUUUGUUUCGUUCGUUAUCAACUGUUUAAUAUUCUAUAUUCUUCCAUCGUCAAUAACGCCCUUGAACAAAAGUUAUGUUGUAUCUACAGUUCAUGCAUGUGCUUGCGUCCUAGCUGUGUGUUUAUACUAUUUAUAUUCACCGAUUAAGUUAACAGAAGUCAAUCGCAUACUGGGUGGGGGUAUUGAUGGCACAUACGAUAACAAAAUGGCGUAUAGUGUAUGCUAUUCAGGAGGUUAUUUUAUUUACGAUCUACUUCUAAUGGCCUAUUUCAAAUCAGUGAGAAGUGCAGCGGCAAUGUUUCAUCAUAUUAUUGUUCUAAUGAUUGGACUUUCAGGUUUGUACACACGUGUCGGCCACACGAGCCAUUUCUUGAUGUUGCUCGAAGAACUAUCAACUAUUCCAUUGAAUGUAAAAGCAAUCUUUCAUCAACAUAGUGAUAUACAUAGCUUUUGUGCUUUGUUGUUUGCUGUUACUUUUCUGUGGACUCGUCUCAUCUAUGGAACUAUCGUUUGUUUUUACGUAUUUCGAGCAUUACCAAAAUUUAUUCUACUGGCGGAAGCUUCACACGAUACAACAAGUAUAGCGUUAAUUAUAGUGCAGAUUAUUCUACUUCUUCACACACGAUUGCUUAAUCUGUAUUGGGCUGUGUUGAUUGUGAAGAAAAUCUGUGCAAAAUUCCGACAACAAAAGCCAAAGAUUCCUGUCAACAAGAUCGAAUCGAACGAAAAAGUUGAAUGA